ACAAGAGUGGGUGUGUGCUCCUCUGAGCCAUAAAGAUAGAGUACGACCAGCAGAUAGAGAUAGUAGGGUGUGUGGCUUAGAGAAAUAGAUAGGAAGGUUUGGCUUAAUGAAGUGAAACCAAAUUUGAGAAGGAAGCAUGUUACAUCAAGAUCUGUACACUCAGAUAAAUAGCUAAAGGGGAACUUUGCACAAGUGCUGUGACUUCUAGGUGGAAUGAGACAGGAAUUGACGAAAAAGGCCCUGAAAUAAAGGCAUUAGCAGCUGUUUCAGGGCAUCAGUGUUUGACUGCAUUAAAGAAAGAGAGUGAGAGAGAACAAGCAACAAAGAAAGAGAGCAGGAACAGAAAACAAGACAGAAAGGAGGCUGCUUUUGUUCACUGCUACGAGUGUUACAGAUUUGACUGAAGGCUUCCUGUGUCAGCACCAUGGGAAAGUCAGCCUCGAAGCAGUUUUCUGAGGAGGUGCUGCAGUACCAUAAUGAGUUCAGGAGGAAGCACCAGGCUUCUCCACUGAAGCUGAGCAGCAAGUUGAGCAAAGAAGCCACCCGCUAUGCUGAAAGUCUGGCCAGCACAAGGAUCCUGAAACACAGUGCAGAGUCCAGUAGAGGGAGCUUUGGAGAGAACCUUGCGUGGGCCUCCUAUGACCAAUCAGGAAAAGAUGUCACAGACCGCUGGUAUGAUGAAGUGAAACAGUACAACUUCAACCGUCCUGGAUUCUCCUCUGGCACGGGCCAUUUCACAGCAAUGGUGUGGAAGAGCAGUAAUAAGCUGGGUGUCGGUAAGGCCACUGCAUCAGACGGCUCUUCCUUUGUGGUGGCCAGAUACUUCCCCGCUGGGAACAUCACUAACCAGGGACACUUUGAGAACAACGUCCUCCCUGCUCAAGCUACCACCUAAUGAUGUCUAGUCCCCAAACUUGACUCAAGCCCAAAGGCAUUUAUUCCUUUUUCCAGAAGAAUCUGAAGUGCCUGCACUGAAGGAUACUCAGGAGAGCACCGCCUAAUGCAUAGUACAGAUCCAUACCAAUAUCAUGUGGAAUUUAAAAGAUGAAAUUAGCUUUAGCUUUUGUGAUUUGAAAAGAGGCAUGUAUGAUAGAGUGUUUAAAAUGAACAAACCACUACUGUUUGACAUUGCUGACAAAACAUUUCAAGUGACUAUGUGGACAGUUUACUUUUCAAUAACAUUGCCUGUGGAAGUAUUUCAUUCACUAAUGCCAAUAUGUCUUUUUAGUUUCACACACUGAUAAUCAUUAUAGCCUCACAUCUGCAUUGGAGUUAGAAUGGAAACUAAGUUGAAUGGACAUGUUUUUUGUUAACCUGUGGAGUCAUUGCUUGUACUUCAACGUCAUGACUCAACAUGCUUGGUAUGAGUUUGUGUUAUGGCCAUUAUUUGUCAAAGCAGUACUCGGUACCUUUGUUUUGUACUCUAACCAGUUUUAUAAAAUUAAGUUGACAAACUGUCAGAAAUACAUUUAGCAUCUCUCUGGGAACUCUUGUGUCAUCUGUAAUGUGUGACAUUAUACGAGAUUGAGAAACGGAACUAAAUGUGAGAUCUCAGUCUGGCACAGUUCUGGCAAACUAUGUGUAAUAUGAUAAAUAUAGAAACAUUUUAGUAAAUGUAGGCAGUUUUCUAUAUAUACAUAUUAAUGAAUUCAUGUUUUGAAGGGUUUAUAUUAAAGAUCUGAAUCAUUAGGAGAUUUGCAUAUUGCCAAAAAGAUUUAGAAGAUUUAGAAGUGCAAAGUAUGUUUUAUAUCAGUAGCAUACUGGCACAUUUUCCUUUAAAAAGCAGUUAUCUCUUGUUUUCCUUGCUCAUUUAACCUGACCUUUGGCAUAUGAAUCUAUUGCAACCCUAAAGUAAAGCAUAUUUUCAGUAUUUAAAUAACACAUUUCUUUUCACACGAAGACUUUGAGAUAUGGAUAGAAAAUAAGCCUUCAUGUGUUUUCAAUUUCUCAUAUCUUCAGGCCUGUUAACCUUUAACAUCAGCAUAAAAUUAAAUAACUUUAGUCAAUUAAGAUUAACUUAAUAUUUACCUAUAUUGUUGUCACUUGGCUUGAGUGAGCAGCUUCCAAUUCUGUGUUUAAAGUUGCUCUUGUUUACAUUUGAAUCCUGUGUCAUUGUUCAGGUAAAAACAUUUGAAACAACUGAUAGUUUUACAUGUAUGUCAACUAUUUUUUGACGGAUUUGGGGUGAAAAUGGUGUGGGCCUGUUGUAUAUACUGUAUAUGUGCUAAUACUGAAAAUGUUGCUAGUUUUAAUCAUAGGCCUUUUGAAUUUGAAGUAUGUGAGGGACUAUACUGCUCCUUUUGUAAAAAAAAUAAAGUUACAACCAAA